AUGGCGGCAACCCCAGGGGCCCUUCCAGUGUCUGUGGAUAUGACAGGGGACCUCCCAGGUGCGGCGGCGACCCCAGGAGCUGUUCCAGGGGGAGCAGCGGCCCCAGGGGCUAUCCCAGGAUCGCGAGCGUCCCCAGGAUCCCACCAAGGGCGUGGCGGCAACCCCAGGGGCUCUUCCUGGGGCGGUGGCUACCACAAGGGACCUCCCAGCUGCGACGGUGACCCCAGAUCUGGCAAGGGGCCCCAGGCAACCCAUCCCUCCAAGGGGCAUGGUACCCCAGGGGCUCUCACAGUUGCAGGACCAGAGGAUAUCCCCCAGAGACGUCGUUGCCCCCAGGGGCUCUCCCAGCUGCAGCGCCGCUACCAAAGGCUCUCCCUGGGGCAAUGGUACCCUUAG